UGGCAAGAUGUUCAUUUCAAUGAGUUGCCUUUUGUUUGUGGACCAUCACACUGGAAAGGCAAACUUUAGAAUGGUGAUGUGACUCGCUUGUUCAUGCUGUUUGUUUAAUUUUCGACAUAAACUCUUUAAUAUUUGUCCGGCGACGCAACUUCAUUCACCAAAACGCACUAAAUUCAUGCUUGCUGCUGCAAAGACUGGUCUUGCUACUCUUUCCACAAGUGAGACAUGGAAGCCUGGAAAAACACUGUGUGGAUAUAAAGUGCUCGAGACUCGACACAUUAAGGAGCUGGAACUCGACGCUAUUCGGCUAAGGCAUGAGAAAACAGGAGCAGAGCAUCUUCAUAUCUCCCGAGAUGAUUCCAAAACCACGGGUGUUCCCCAUAUUCUCGAACAUACGACACUCUGUGGCAGUCGAUCUUUUCCAGUGAGAGACCCGUUCUUCAAGAUGUUGAAUCGUAGCAUGGCUACGUUUAUGAAUGCUUUCACAGCAAGUGAUUACACUUUGUAUCCGUUUUCAACAACUAAUCCCAUUGACUAUAAGAACUUGAGGGACGUUUACAUGGACGCUGCAUUCUUUCCGCAUCUCAGGGAGCUGGAUUUCAAGCAAGAAGGAUGGAGGCUAGAACAUGAAGACCCCAAUGAACUUGUUCGAUUCCACAAAACUCACUAUCAUCCAAGUAACGCUAAAUUCUACAGUUAUGGCAAUUUUCGUUUGGAGGAUACGCUUGAGGCUAUCAAUUCAAAGCUACAUGAAUUUUCUCCAAUCACGCCUCCAGUCGUCGAUAAAGUCGUCAAGCCUUUCGAGAGCCCUCGGCGAAUCAAUCUAACCUGCCCUGUCGAUCCUAUGACGCCCCCUGAAAAGCAAGCCAAGAUGUCAGAUACUUUUGAAGGGUUUGGCCUCAGAAUCCUUUCAGAUUUACUUACAGAUGGCCAUGCCUCACCAAUGUACAAAGCUCUAAUCGAGUCUGAUUUGGGGUCAGAAUACUCUUCGAACACUGGAUACGAUGGGUCAACCAUGAUGAGCUCACUGUCAUUUGGCGUUCAAGGGAUGAAAGUAGAAAAUGUGCCCAAGGUAGAACAGACCAUCAUCGCAGUCCUUGAAAAAGUCAGAGAAGAAGGCGUCGACCCCAAGCGUGUCGAAGCCAUUGUUCACCAGAUGGAGCUUGGACAGAAACAUCAAGGACUUUCGUCUGGCUGGUUCAAUGGCUGUAAUCCAUUGGAUCUUUUAGAGCUUAAUAAGAACAUUGAUCGUUUAAAAUCCGAGUUUCAUCUGUACUUGUUGAAUAACCCACACAAACUCGUAUUCACUAUGGUUCCCAGCACUGACUAUGGAGCAGAAGUCGCAGCUAACGAGAUGACGCGCCUUAUGGGCAAGACUAGUGUUCUAACCAAGGCAGACAAGGAGGCUAUCUAUGAGCAAGGCCAGGCAUUGCUCAAGAACCAAGAAAAGAUUGAGGAUGUUUCAUGUCUUCCGACUUUAAAAGUAGAUGAUAUUUCGAAGAAGACAAAGAUCUUUUCAUUGGAACAUAGCGCCGUAAACAGCGUCCCCGUGCAAUGGAGACCCACCUCAACCAACGGUAUCACUUAUUUCCGAGGAUCAAAAUAUCUACCGCUUUUCGCUGAUUCUCUAACAUCUCUCGGUACGCAUAAGCGUGCAAUGAGUGAGAUUGAUGACGAGAUCAGGCUACACACAGGUGGAGUCCGUGUUGCGCCUUUCCUUUCCACGAAUCAUUCUACAAUUGACAGGACUGAAGAGGGCCUGUCCUUCAGCUCUUAUUGCUUGGACAAGCAAGAAUCCGAAACAAACUUUGACAAUACCGACAAGCUCAGAACUUUGAUUAAAGGGUACGUGAGCGUGUAUCAAAGAGAAAUCUGUUCAAGCUUUGCACUGAAUUUAAUUCGAUCGACCUCAAUUGUUUUUGUAGAAUGCUUCGGCUCUCUCCAAUUCCGUUGCAGACUCUGGACAUGCUUUGCUAGAACCAAUGCUGGUUCGCGCUUGACACCUGCUGGCUAUGCUUCUGAGAUUUAUGGUGGUAUGACUCAGGUUCAAUUCAUGAAUUCGCUUGCGCAAAUGGAUGACCUCACUGAAGUAUCGCAACGUUUAAAGGAGAUUGCUAACGUGGCAAUCAAGCGUUCCAGCCUAAGACUUGCCGUUACCUGUGGAGAUGAUCAAAUGUCGAGCAAUGAGAAAGUUAUCGGACAAUUUAUUUCACGUCUUGAUGCUAGCCCUGUAAAAUCUUUUUCCCAGCUUGAAUUCUCGCCAUCGUAUGAAAAUUCCUUCUUUGGAUUACCAUAUGGUAUCAAUUCACUGCAAAAUGCCUGCGCGGAUGGGGCAAAGCUUCAGAUCCUUGCUUCACUCAUGUCGAACUUGUUCCUGCAUCGUGAGAUUCGUGAAAAGAAUGGUGCCUAUGGUGGUGGGGCCGGCUACUCUUCUACAGGCGGUCUAUUUCAUUCUAUUCUUAUCACGCUAAGCACUUACGAAGACUCUGUUCGUUGGGUGCUGGAUCGUAAGGACUUUUCUGAUCAAGAGAUGGCAGAAGCAAAGCUAUCAAUCUUCCAACGCAUGGAUACCCCUGUCAGUGCAGCUGAAGAAGGAAUGAUUAUAUUUUCGGAGGGUAUCACAGAUGAAAUGCGUCAAAACCGUCGUGAACAGCUUCUCAAAGUUACAAGCGAUGAUGUCAAGGAGGUGGCUAACCGCUAUCUACUCAACCAGCCAUCGAGCCAUUGCAUCCUUGGUGACGAAGAAUAAUUUUUUCACUCGUUUUUCUUUCAGAUAGAAUGCAAUAAAGCAUCAAACCGCGGCACGGCACGGACAUUAAACUAGCGAAAAUACACGCGUGUAUCCGAUUUUAAAAUAAAAAGAUCAG